AUGGCUGAAAAUCUAGAGAAUAUUAACACCCCACAUGAGGAAACUAACCAUCAUUCUAGAAAAGAGCCCAUGGGCUCUAGAAGAUCUACCAAUCUGCAGUACAGAAGGACCACCCGUUCCAGGAGGGCUCAACCUGAGGGUGGCCCCAGUGCUCAGACCACAAGUGCCCAGAGAACUCAACCCGACGUUGGUCCUAGUAUGCAGACAAUGUGCUCGAGGAGAACUCAGCGUGGGAAUAGACAAAACCCCAGGGCGAGGAAUGAAGAGCUCAAUCGUGGAGGUUCCCAAUCUUUGGGAGAAAGAACUUAUGAAAUGGAAAGCCACCGCUUGAGACGCCAUCUAAAAGAAGCGCAGCAUCGAAACAUUGAGUUAGAACGUGAGGCAGCUUCGGCCUGGGCAACGCAGGGGAUGAACGCUCAAAAUCAACCUGAACCUGGAGUGAGAAGACCACGAGGUAGACCUCGUGGCUCACGAACUAGGAGACAGGAAAAGGCCUGGGAAGAACAACUCGGGGAAAAUGAGACACCCCCUGAGAAUCAGGAUGAACAGCCAGAAAGGAGACAACCGGAAACUGAUGAACGAGAAAUCCCUCCUGAAAAUGAGGAGUAUCUUGGGACUCAACCGGGAGAACAGAGAUCACCUGCUAGAAAUCACCAACGUUCUUCCCAAACCCAUAGAGUAAGGACUCGUACGUACCCUGAUGAGGGAAAUAUGACAAACCGCUCUCAGGAGGAAAGAACAGAGCGUGAAGAAGCAAGUGUGACUUCGAGGCAAUUCAGAACCCAUAGCCGAUAA